AUGACGUGCCUGCACUGCGUAGGACUACCAGCAGACAAUCCCAAUGCACAGAAAUCAGAAAGAAAUUGGCUCAAUUCAGAAUUACAAGCAAGAGAUAGUGAGAAGCCCUCAUACGUGCUACACUCCAUAUACCAAGAGCAAAUACAAAAUAAUUCAAUAUUCACUCCCAUAAGAAAUGACGGAGGAAACCUGCCGGUGUACGUUUUGCAAAAAUGUGUUGAAAUCAUGAAAACAGACCAUUCGAGGCCGCAGCCAGAUCUGCCCUGGAACCAUGUUCGCAACCAGUAUGACACUGAUGUCACUGUUUGGAGCCCUCAGGGCAGAAUUCGUUAAAUUGAGUAUGCAAUGGAAGCUGUCAAGCAAGGUUCAGCCACAGUUGGUCUGAAAUAAAAAAAAACCUAUGCAGUGUUGGUUGCACUGAAGAGAGCACAGACAGAGCUUGCAGCUCAUCAGAAAAACAUCCUCCAUGUUGACAACCAUAUUGGUAUCUCAAUUGCGGGACUUACUGCUGAUGCUAGACUGCUAUGCAAUUUUAUGCGCCAGGAGUGUUUGGAUUCUGGAUUUGUAUUUGACAGACCUCUUCCUGUGUCUUGUCUUGUAUCACUAAUUGGAAGCAAGUUGGUUAUGAUGAUAUGGGCCCUCACAUUUUCCAAACCUGUCCACCUGCCAACCAUUUUUACUGUAGAGCCACGUCCAUUGGAGCCAGUUCUCAAUCAGCUCGUACUUACUUGGAGAAACAUAUGUCUGGAUUUAUGGAGUGCAAUUUAA